UCUCUCGCACAUUUUCGCUUUCGUGUGGAUGAACUUUACAAUAUAUUUUUAAUGAUUCGAGAUCUGAGCAAGAUGUACCCGCCGGCACGGCAUCCGGUCCCCCACCAGCCGGGGCAGCCGUUUAAGUUCACCGUCACGGAGUCCUGCGACCGGAUCAAAGAGGAGUUCCAGUUCCUGCAAGCACAGUAUCACAGCCUGAAGCUGGAAUGCGAGAAACUGGCCAGCGAGAAAACCGAGAUGCAGAGACACUAUGUCAUGUACUACGAAAUGUCAUACGGGCUGAACAUCGAGAUGCACAAGCAGGCGGAGAUCGUCAAACGGCUGAACGCAAUCUGCGCCCAAGUCAUCCCCUUCCUCUCUCAAGAGCAUCAGCAGCAGGUGGUGCAGGCAGUGGAGAGGGCCAAGCAAGUCACCAUGGCUGAACUCAAUGCCAUCAUUGGACAGCAGCAGCUCCAGGCUCAGCACCUCUCUCAUGGACACGCCAUUCCGAUCCCGCUCACCCCACAUCCAGCGGGCCUCCAGCCCCCCCUGCCCCCCGGGGCCAGUACUGCCAGCCUGCUGGCCCUGUCCUCUGCGCUGAGUCAUCAGCUGCCUCUCAAAGAUGAGAGGAAGCACCACGAUAACAACGGCGAACAUACUAGAGACAGAGAUUCAGUCAAGAGCUCCUCUAUCUCUCCGUCAGCCAGUUUUCGGACUGGAGAGAAGCACCGGAGUUCAAGCGAUUAUUCAUCCGACAGCAAAAAACAGAAGACAGACGAUAAGGAGCUGACCUCCACACGCUAUGAAAGUGACGGGGAGAAGAGUGAUGAAAACUUAGUCGUGGAUGUCUCAAAUGAGGAUCCAGCGUCCCCUCGUGGAAGUCCUGCACACUCUCCUCGGGAGAACGGAUUGGACAAAAAUCGCCUGCUGAAGAAAGACGCGCCCCUCAGUCCAUCUUCCAUCGCCUCCUCUAGCAGUACACCUUCAUCCAAGUCCAAAGAGAUUAACUCGAAUGAAAAAUCCACAACCCCCGUCUCGAAGUCCAGCACCCCCACGUCUCGCUCUGAGGCCCCCACACCGAGCAGUACCUCCACCCCAGUCCUAAGGUCUGCACCCAGCAAACCAACAGGAGUCGAGACUCAAGCCCCUGGUCUUCGCACUCCUCUGGCGGUGCCCUGCUCGUACCCUGGUCCGUUUGGAAUGGUUCCUCACCCCGGCAUGAACGGCGAGCUGAGCGGAACGGGAGCGGCCUACACCGGCCUGCAUAACAUCUCGCCGCAGAUGAGCGUGGUAGCGGCCGCCGCCGUGGCCGCCUACGGACGCACGCAAGUGGUCGGGUUUGAUCCUCAUCACCACAUCCGUGUCCCUGGACUUCCUCCCAACCUUUCGGGAAUUCCUGGUGGAAAGCCAGCUUACUCCUUUCAUGUUAGUGCUGACGGACAAAUGCAGCCUGUGCCUUUUCCUCCAGAUGCUCUGAUUGGCUCUGGCAUCCCACGCCACGCUCGCCAAAUCAAUACUCUGAGCCACGGGGAGGUGGUGUGUGCCGUUACCAUCAGUAACCCUACGCGCCAUGUCUACACUGGUGGCAAAGGCUGUGUGAAGGUGUGGGACAUCAGUCACCCUGGCAACAAGACCCCGGUAUCCCAGCUGGACUGCCUUAACAGAGAUAACUACAUCCGCUCAUGCCGGCUGCUCCCGGACGGACGGACUCUCAUCGUCGGGGGCGAAGCGAGCACCCUGUCCAUCUGGGAUUUGGCCACACCGACUCCUCGGAUCAAAGCAGAGCUAACGUCGUCGGCGCCGGCCUGUUAUGCCCUGGCCAUCAGCCCUGACUCCAAAGUCUGUUUUUCCUGCUGCUCCGAUGGCAAUAUUGCCGUCUGGGAUCUCCACAACCAGACCCUGGUUAGGCAGUUCCAGGGCCACACCGAUGGAGCCAGUUGUAUAGACAUAUCUAAUGAUGGGACUAAGCUGUGGACAGGAGGACUGGAUAACACAGUCAGGUCCUGGGAUCUGAGAGAGGGGCGGCAGCUGCAACAGCAUGACUUCACCUCCCAGAUCUUCUCACUGGGAUAUUGUCCAACGGGCGAGUGGCUUGCCGUGGGGAUGGAGAAUAGUAACGUGGAGGUCCUGCAUGUCACCAAACCUGACAAGUACCAGCUGCAUCUGCAUGAAAGCUGUGUGCUCUCACUCAGAUUUGCUCAUUGUGGGAAGUGGUUUGUGAGCACAGGCAAAGAUAAUCUGCUCAACGCAUGGAGGACCCCAUAUGGAGCCAGCAUAUUCCAGUCAAAGGAGUCAUCCUCAGUGCUGAGCUGCGACAUCUCCAUUGAUGAUAAGUACAUUGUGACUGGAUCAGGAGACAAAAAAGCAACAGUCUACGAGGUCAUCUACUAGGAGAGCAGACCUAGAAAAGCACUCUUGUGUCUGGGUCUAAAGUCUCCAUCUGUGUACAAUUUCAAUGUGUAAAAAAUUUGAAUGGAACAAACCAAACGCUUUCUUGGAUCGGGACCUUUUGACCUCCUGGUUGGUCGUGGAUCAAAACGAACAAGUGGAUCUAAGCACAGAUUUUUUUUCUUUUUUACGUGUUUACUUUUUUUAAGUGUUUUUUUUUUCUUUUUGUAGUUAUGAGGAUGAAUGUCCAUGUGAACUGAAUCUGCAGUGGCCAGAUAACAUUCCCGUAUGUAACAUAUGACAAAAGCUUCUCAGUUGUGAUACAAAUGUUAUUGUUCACGUAGUACAGUAUUUGCCUAUAUAUUUCUAUGUACCUGGAGGCUUCAGUAUAUAGGCGAAUUGGCUGGUUAAUCAUGGAAAAACUUCAGAACAUCUUUCUAAAUAAUUUGCACUGUAUAACAGUAACAAAAAAUUGGAUGCUACUAUCUCAUGUUGGUGUUAACAUUAAGAACAUAGGAGAAAAAGCAGUAGUAGCAACAAAUUUGUCGUUCCUUAGCAUUUUUUUUUGUCUCUAUCCGGACUCUGCUGUGAACCUUUCUUUACAUACUAAUUACCAGCAUCUUUGUAUGCCUAAUUGCAUCUCAUGUGGUGUAGUCUUUCUUCAGUAGAUACCAUACAGACAGAGGUAGGAAUUAGGCAUAUGCAAAUGUGGGCAUGUUUUAUUUUUACAAUUAUUUAUCUUAGAAAUAUAAGUAAUCAUUCAAGAACAAUGCUAAAAUGCUUUCAAAAGUGAGCUCCUAAUGGAAUAUUUUCAUCAUACUCUUGAUUAUGUAUUGCUUCCAUGUGCUUUUCCUUUUUUUUUUAGCUGUUAAGAUUUUUUUAAAUAUAUAUUUUCUUAUUCAAAUGUGGACAAAAAAAAAUCAAAAACAAUUUUAUUCUAAUAGCAUGCUGGGGGGGCGAUUUUAUGUGGUAACAUGACAACCUUUGUUAAAGAGGUUUCCUAAUAGAUCAGAACACUUUCAAGGACUGACAAAGAGAGUUUACCUGUUGUCCUUCAAGGAACGUUAGGAAGAAUAAUAGUUUAAAAUAAAGAAAAAAUCAGAAAUAUGACAAGAAUACAUUCAAAGAACUGAGAUGUAGGAGACAGUAAGCCCUGCUUUGUUCACCAUAGUGCAGAUUAGCAUAAAAACUGGUUACAAAAAUCUGCCCAGAAAAAAAUACACGUUAACUGUACAUACCUGUUUGAUUUAUUCAUACUUGCCAUCCUGCAACUGUUCCUGCCAUCCUGAGUUGGGCAAACCGGCAGCUGGUAACAGCCUCAUACUACACAUCAUUUGCAUUGAUCAUCUUAUUUAUGUAUUUAAACCCAACUUUACUGCCAAUAUUUACUGUAUUUUAAUUGUUCCUUAAAUGUUUUUAUUUAUUUGCA